AUGUCGAAACGCACGGGGUCCAACGUUGUAUUCGUUGGGAAUAUACCCUAUGACAUUUCAGAAGAACAGCUCAUUAAGGUUUUCUCUGAGGUGGGACGCGUAGUCGACUUCCGAUUGGUAAAUGACCGUGAACAAGGCAAAUUUAAAGGCUAUGGCUUUUGCGAAUACGAGGAUGCGGAAACAGCAGCCUCAGCUGUGCGGAACUUGAACGAAGUAGAAGUCGGUGGACGGCCUCUUCGCUUGGACUUCGCUGAUGCAGACCCUAUGCAAGACAAUGAGCGACGAGGCGAUGGGCGGGGACGAACGCCUGUUGGUGCUCCUCCGCUGCCAGCUGGAACUAUGCCUAUGCCUGGCGUUUCAUCAACAGAUGCAAUCACACAAACCAUUGCAUCACUUCCACCAAACCAACUCAUGGAUAUUCUCACACAAAUGAAGUCGCUAACCACGAGUGCACCAGAACAAGCGCGGCAACUCCUGGCUGCCAACCCACAACUGUCGUAUGCUGUUUUCCAUGCCAUGCUAAUGAUGAAUGUGGUAGAUCCGACCGUGGUGCAACGUAUUUUGCAUGAUACAACGGGAGGGCCAGGUAUUCCUCCCACUCUAGCACACGCCCCUACCGCCGUCCCACCUGCUGCUCCUCCAUCUCAUGCAGCGCCAGCACAAACGCCAGCCUCUAUGCCACCAAUGCCAUCGGCACCACCUCAGCUGGAUGAGCAACAACGGGUAUUGCUUCAGCAGGUGCUACAGCUUACACCGGAGCAAAUCAAUGCACUCCCCCCUGACCAAAAAGCCAGCAUUUUGCAGCUGAAAGCACAAUUUGGACAGUAA